AAAUCGAAUUCAUAAUCUCAUCAAAUCAUUUCAAGAUAUUUCUCUCCCCUUCUUUCCAUUCUUACUGCUUACAGUAAAGAAACUCUCAACUCUCCAAUGGCGGCUCAUUCAAACAGAUCUCCGUCCCCUCUUUCUUCAAGGCCCAUUAACCCGAAUCCAAGAAAUUCAGAGAGCAACUCAGGAGCCCGCAGAAGUUUCAGUGGGGCAAACCCUUUUCCCAAACCCUCGGUUCUGACAAAUCCCAGACGAUUCGAUCCCAUCACUCCCGCCAAUAGCCCAUCAGAUUUUGCGAGAAGACGUUCUGUGAGUAAAGAAGUCACGGGUUCUUACCUGAAAGAUUGUGAAGAAAAGGAGAAUGAUGAGAAAGAUCACACUUUGAAAGCUUCGAGACUCCACUCCCCGGCGAAGGGUUCUAAGAACUUCAUGUCUCCAACUAUUUCUGCAGCCUCAAAGUUCACUCCAUCUCCCAGAAAGAAAGUGUUGGUGGAGAGAAACGACCCUGUUCGGACCUCAAUCUCGUUGUCUGAUGGAAAAGCCAUGUUUUUCUCUACCAUGUAUUCUAACGUCUCUGAAGAUUUGGAGUCAAAAUCUGAAGCGGGCUAUGAUCAAAGCCACAAAACUGAAAGUACUUUGGACUUAAAUGUUGCUGAGUUGGAGAAAAAGAAAGCUGUUCAGGAAGUUCCUCCAAUUUCCAGGCCUUCAAAAAGAGUGUCCUUUUCAGAUGUUCCUUCAGAUUCUCAUGAAUCAUUAUCGGAAUCAGUAGUUACUGAUUCAGAUAAUUUGAUACUGGAGUCAGGUUUAAGGAACAAGGAUUCUUGUUCGCCCCUUUCCCUGUCAACAGCCAUGCUUGAUGCCGAUCCAUCCUUGCCUCCUUAUGAUCCAAAAACCAAUUACUUGUCUCCAAGACCUCAAUUUCUUCAUUACAAACCAAAUCCCAGAAUUGAAAUUCUCUUGAACAAAGAAAAGGGCCUGGAUCCAGAUGAAUUGAAGCGCCUGGACGAUAGCUUUACGGCAGAAAUCAUGUCUGAAACCUAUUCAGACUCUGAGGGUACAGAGGAGUCUCAGACUGAAGAUUCCCAGAAGGAAGAACUUGAGGUUACUGCUUCGGCAGAUAUGGUAAUAGGUGUAGAAGAAACAGAAGAGGAUCCUCAUGUUUCUGAACCUCCUGAAUCAUUACCGGUUGGUACAACCGUCACCGAUGAAAUAUCUGAGGAGAAUUCAGUUCAGAAGAUUGAAAAGAAACCAUGCUCCCUCACGAGGUUGAUGUGUUUUUCUAUUCUUAUGAUGUUCUUAAUGGCAUGUUUAUCAAUCUCCAUCACCCAUUCUCCGGCAUUUGAUAACGUUGUCCUUCAAGAUUUGAGCUUAUCUGAUCUGACUAACUUCUACCACCAAUCAAGAUUUGCUGCCUAUGCCAAAGUAAAUUUUGACUGGGUUGCUAGGCAUGUUAAUCAGUUCUCAGCCAAUUCUAUGUCUUUCAUCUCUAAGCUGGCUAACGAGCGUGGCAAAGGAGGAAAAAGUCCACUGCAAUUUAUGGACCUCUCUGACCUGCAAAAGAGUUCUUUGAGUUGGGGAUAUAAUGAGGCCAGCAAUGAAAUGGUCGAGGACCUUGAAGGAGAGGAGUUGGAGGAAAUGGAAACUGAAAUGGAGGCAUUUGAAGAGGAAGUCGCAUAUCCAGAAGUUGAUUCUGAUGAGAACUUUGAGAUGGAAGUUGACACACAAGAAGAAGCCUUAGAAACUGAAGAAGUUAUACCUGAUUCUGUACAGCUUACUGAAAUGGAGUCUGAAAAUGCAGACGACGUUCAGAGUCAAAGAGAAGCCAUCUCCACUACCAAUACUGUGCAACAGACUGAUGAGAACUAUGAAAAUCAGCUAGAAGAUCAUCAGUUAGCCACUAUUACGCAAGAUCAAGAAAGUGGACUUGAAACUGCAGCUGAAGUUGCAUCUAAUACAGCUGAAACUGAGAAAUCCCAUUCAGAUGUGAUCAGUCUUGGCCCUUAUGCCUGUGCUGCUGAUAUUACCUCGUUCGAAGAAAAGAACCCAUCAGAUGUGAAAUCGUUAAGUGAAGAAUCCCAAAGUUCGAUAACAUUGGAGUCGCCGCAAUCAUCAGAACACAAAGCUCCAGCAUAUUAUGCCAUGGGGAUUUCUUCCCUCUUUGCCGCUUUGUUGGCAGUUGCAGCCUUCACAUUCCAGUACAUGAAACCUCCCAGUUCUUCCAAUGUUGUACAAGCCAUAGGUCCAUUGUCGAGUAAGCAGAAAGAUAAUGGAUUUACUCGCACUAACCACAUCUACCAGGAGAAGUCAUUCUCAGGGAAUUGGCAAACAGAAGUAGAUGAGAUAGGUGAAUCCUCCUGUCCUUCGGAGAUGAGCAGCUUCCAAAAGAGUGCAUCGUAUAGCAAGAAAGAGCUUGGAGGAGGAGGAGCAAGUGAAGCGCAAAGCACAGAGAGGAGGACACGGAAAUACAACAAAAGAGAGUCAUUGGCUUCUUCUCUAUCAGAGUAUUCUUCGGACUCACCUUCAUAUGGAAGCUUCACCACUCUUGAGAGGAUCCCAAUCAAAAAUGCUAAUGGAGAUGAGGAAAUUGUUACCCCCGUCAGGCGCUCAAGCAGAAUUAGGAAGCAGGUCACUUCUCCAUGACGAUGCUUGAUACUGACACGGUCACAGGGAGUAAAAGUAGCUGCACAUCUCUGAUGUAUAUUUGACUUAACUUAGUAUCUAGUUGCUGCAGGUUUUGAAACAUCGAUGUCCGAGAGAUUAGAUUCCGUUGUUUGACAUUAUCUGUUAUUUGCGGGUUUUCAAAUGCCUACCCUUAAGGCCUUUUUUCCUUGUGCUAAA